CCUAUAAGCAGAGGAAAUGUCUCUUCCACAAUUGUGUUUCACAGAAUUGAUCAAUGAAGACAUUGAGACCAGGAAUUCUCUAUGUCGACAAGAAGUGAACAUCACAGCAUAUGUCAACUUCAUUUCAAUCAAUGAACCUAGCAGAAAAUCAUUCAAUCAAGAAAACUUUGCUUUGACAUUUCCAAAACCACCAGUGCCAGGUAGAAAAGAGAGAUCAAGACUUUCAAAAUUCCAAACCACAGUUCCUAAACAAGCCAAUACAAUGCUAGUAGAAGAUCAGAAGCCAGCUCAUACAUGGAUAAGGCAUUCUUUUAAAAAAACUUUUGAAAGGCCACUCUGUUACCUAAUUUUAAAACUACAGGCUCCAUCCAGACAUCCUUAUUCUUCCCAAAUUCAUCCUAUGGAGGCAGAAGAUGUGAGCUUCAGAAGUGAUGAAAAAGCAGCUUUGAAGAAUUCCAAGAAUAAAAACGAUUCACAUGCAACAAAUACAGAAUCCACAAAAACUGUAAACGAUGAAGCACUCCAAAAUGGAAAUAAAGGUCAUAAAUUUCUUUCAAAAUCAUCAAAUGAAAGUGAACUGAUUAAGAAGUCAAAGUGCAAAUUAGAAACAAUUCCAGUGUUCAAAGAUUCUGAGGUAAUAUCAAAAACAUUUUCAAAAUAUAAGACAAACUCAAAUAACUCCAAGGAGUCAGAUACUGAAUCCUUAUGUGGAAAGAACAAUAUAAACAAAGAUUCUAAGACAAAUAAUGAAAAUUCUGAUAGCAAAUCAGAGACUUAUACAACAAAUAGCUCAAUUGUCAAUUUAAUAAUGUGUUUAGAGGAGUCUGUUGCUGAAUCAAUGGAUUUUGACAUAUGGUUAAAGAAUUACUCAUGCAACAAUUCAAAGCCUCCUGCAAAGAAAGACGCAAAGAAAGAUGCAAAAAAAGAUGCAAAGAAAGAUGCUGAGGCUGGAGAUCCAAAAGAUGCCAAGAAAGAUGCAAAGAAGGAUAAAAAACCAGGAAAGAAAGAUGACAAAAAGGAGGGAGAAUCUACUGAUGCUGAAUCUGGAGACUCAAAGGAUGCAAAGAAAGGUGCAAAGAAAGAUGACAAGAAAGAUUCAAAAAAGGAUGCAGAAUCUACAGAUGCUGAAUCUGGAGACUCAAAGGAUGCAAAAAAAGGUGCAAAGAAAGAUGCGAAAGGUUCAAAGAAAGAUGACAAGAAGAAAGAUUCAAAAAAGGAUGCAGAAUCUACAGAUGCUGAAUCUGGAGACACAAAGGAUGCAAAAAAAGAUAAGAAACCUUCAAAGAAAGACAGCAAGAAGAAAGAUGGAAAAAAAGACGUAGCUCCUACUGAUUCUGAAUCUGAGGUAGAGUCAAAGAAGGGUAAGAAAGAUGACAAAAAAGAAAAGAAAGAUAGCAAAACAAAAGCUGCCGCAAAAGACUCAGUUUCUACUGAUCUUGAUACUGAAUCUGAGGGAGAUGCCAAAAAGGGCAAGAAAGAUGAUAAAACUAAGAAAGAUUCAAAGAAAGCUGACAAGAAGCAAGAUGCAAAAAAGGCUGCAGAGUCUACUGAAAGUGAGUCUGAAUUAGAAUUAAAGAAGGGCAAGAAAGGUUCAAAGCAGGAAAAGAAAGCUUCAAAGAAAGACGCAAAGAAAGAAGCAAAGAAGGACACAGACUCCACUGAUAUUGACUCAGAUAAAUCACUAAAAACAGCUGCAUCUAAAAAGGGUGCUGUUGACUCAGAUGCCACAUCUACAGAUUCCAGGAAGGGAGUAUCUGAACUGAAGAGAGGCCUUAGAAUGUCAUCUAAAAAGACGACGUUCAGUGAAAAGGGGAAAAAACCAAGUACAGGUAGAGUUCCUCCAUCAAGAGAAAGACCACCACUGCCUCCUUGUGAGCCUUUUCUACCUCUACCUAGGAUCAAACGUCUCUGUCAGUGCCAGGUGCCUCCUCCACCUCCAAAACCAAGAUAUGCUCCUUUGCCUGAAGCAGAGUGGAUUCAUAAGCUGCUCUAAAGAACAACUGAGCCCUUGGUUUCACAGAAUGACCUUAC